AUGGCUGCAUUGAAGAGGAAAAAAGGGCUCUCUUGCACUUCAAAUCGUCUUUGCACGACCCUUCAAAUCGCUUGUUUUCAUGACAAGAAGGCAAACAACAUGAGAACUGCUGUGAUUGGCAUGGAAUUCAAUGCUCCAAUGAAUCUUUUCAUGUCACCUCCAUCGACCUUUGAAACACGGAGCUCGAAAUUUACAUUCAACAACUUAGAAGCAAGAAUCAAUAUCGACACAGUUUAUAAACCUAUAUUCUCUACGUCACCUCGAUUUGUCUUGCGGUACAUACUUCUAUUCCAUUUCCACCUCUUGCUUACAAUCACCUUCCAUACAAUGGGUGAGGACUCUGGUGAAUUUGGAGGUUUACUUCCUAGUCUUCCCCAGCUUCAAGAACUUGAUGUGAGUGUCAAUUGGAAUCUUCAUCUUGAUCUCACUGAGAUGUUGAAACAUCAAUCCCCUAAACUACAGAGCCUUUCAAUAUCAUAUACUCAAUUUCUAGACCUCUCUACUAAUAACAUUAGAGGUCAUAUCCAUUCUUCAAUAUCCAAUCUAAAAGACCUCAAGUUUCUGGACUUGUCUAAUAAUAAUAUCCAAGGUCAUAUACCAAAAUCAGUUUGCAAGCUUCUGCCCCUUCGACAACUUUCCUUGGGAAAUAAUAAUAUAUCAGGAAGCUUUCCAAGUUGUGUCAUGAAACUCCGAGAUCUUAGUGUCCUUAGUGUUUUUAUCAACUCUAUUGAGGGAAAGGUUCCAUUGAUCUCAUUGAUUAACAAAUUAAACCUAACGAUCCUGGACUUGAGCUCAAAUACACCAACUGUAGUUAUAGAUAAACACCUGAAUUUGACUAAACUUAGACUAGAAAGUUUAGAGUUGCAAUCAUGCAAGCUGAAAGGAUCAAUUCCAACUUUCAUUUGUCAAUUAAUUCAUCUUCGAAGGUUGGAUGUGUCUCAUAAUAACCUAACAAGAGAUAUCUACUCUUGCAUCUCCAGGCUCAAAAAUCUCCAGUACUUAGAUCUAUCAAACAACAAAUUCCGUGGUCCUUUGCCUCUCUUCCACCUCAAGGUUUUAAUAGACAACUUUGAUGUAUCAAAUAAUAAGUUCAGUGGUGAAAUCUCAAUGGAAACCGGGAAGAGACUAUGUAAUGCUAGCAUGAUCAAUCUAUCUGGUAAUGAACUUUCAGGUUCAGUUCCGUUUUCUAUAUGUUCAAGAACUACGGAAACUAUGUAUCUCGAUCUCUCCAACAACAAACUAUCUGGACUAAUACCUACUAGCAUAGGGUAUUGCAGUAUUCUUACUUAUCUAAACCUUGGCACCAACAAUCUCAUUGGAAGCGUUCCAAAUGAGCUUGAACAGACAAGAGUAACUCUCCCAUAUCUUCUGUUAAAUGCUAACAGUCUAAAUGGUACGCUUCUUAACAGCUUCAGUAACUUUCAGGAAUUGAUGGUUCUCAACUUAGAGAAUAACAAUCUUGAAGGAAGUAUACCUGCAACAUUUGGGUCACUCAAUAAGCUUCAUUUCCUCUCUUUAAGGUCAAACAAGUUCAAUGGAUCAAUUCCAAAUGAAAUUUUCCAUUUGCAGAAACUUCGAAUACUAGACCUAUCCAUAAACAAUUUCUCAGGCUAUAUUCCUAAGAAACUAGGGAACUUGAGUGGAUUACUAAGAAAAUCUAAUGAUCUUCGUGCCAUGUAUGACAUUCAAUUCCAGAUGGUGAUCAAAGGGAUCUUGAUACAGUUUGAGCGUUUUUACUAUUACGCUUCAGGAAUUGAUAUAUCUUGCAACAAUCUUGAGGGAAACAUUCCAAAAGAGAUUGGUUCAUUAAAAGGACUUCCAAUGCUUAAUUUAUCCUAUAACCAUCUCUCGGGUGAUAUCCCAGAGAAUGUCGGGAACAUGUUUACAUUGGAGUCUCUGGAUCUAAGUUUCAAUAGACUGUCUGGACACAUCCCACAGUCUCUGACAUCAAUUGACUCUCUUGGUUUUCUAAACUUAUCUUAUAAUAAGUUGAGUGGCAGGAUUCUGAGAGGUACUCACUUUGAGACUCUGAGUGUGGAUGGUUCUGCAUUUCUCGGGAACAAGUUAUUGUGCGGAAUACCUACAAAGAAAGUCUGCGAGGGUGAUGAGAUUAUCAAUCCUGCAGAUACGAGCCCUCCAAAUAAACUUGAAGAAGAUGAUCAUGAGAAUGGAAAAGAGAAGUUGUUUUUCUUUGGUGUUGUCGCGCUGGGGUUUAUAGUUGGAUUCUGGGGUUUGUUUUCCAUUCUACUUAUAAAGAGAGAGACAUGGUGGUUUGGGUACUGGAGAUUUGUUGAUAGUGUUGCAGAAAGAUGUCUUCAUUGUAAUAAUCAUAUAUAUAUAUAUAUAAAUGAUAAUGUUCUAAAGUGA